AUGCUAGAGUUAACAGUAUCAUCCAAGACCAACAGUGGGAUUGGCCACAGUCCAGAUCACAUUGAGAGGGUUUGGACCACCAUUGUCUUACAAUGUGGGGAGCAGUGGAGAUGUGAUUCCUGGCAGAAUACAAUCAUGUGGGCAGAGCAAGUGAUGAAGGGCGAUAACUUGAAAGCUACACUGAUGAAACUCUCUCUUGCUCUGCAAGUUGCCUCAGGGUAUUAUCUAUGGCUGGAAAGGAAUGAAAGGCUACAUAGGAACAAUUACAGGGAUGUGGUCACAGUUACAAAAGGGAUUACUGAUAUGAUCAGAAGCAGAGCUUCAAGACUGAACAAAAUCAAGGCUACAACUCAGAACAUACAUCUUCAAAAGCAGUGGAAUCCCCAGAAUCCAUUUUUGAAGCCUCCUCUAGCUGAUGUUUGCUUUGUUAUUUUUUGUUGCUAA